ACGCAGGAGUUCGACUUCUCUGCGCUGCUGGACCUCGAGCGCCACCUGGUGCUCCGCGAGCUCAGAGGCACGCGCGACCGACGAGAGCGGCUGUUCGACGUCAGCCCCAGGCAGGUGCACCGCAGCUUCGCGGCCGCGGCGCGCUCGCUCGCCGAGGUGCAGCGGCGAGGGCACUGGCGCAGCUUUCACAGUGCGGUUCGCUACGACAAGCACGCCAGGGUCUCCUUGCAGCUCGGAGAGCUCGCGGCGGCGAAGCAGGCGGAAGUUGCCAGCCCAAUGGGGCGCGGCGUCGCGCCCUUCGCCGCGCGCUGCGCCAGGCAGUUGCGCAACCUCAACCCACGCUACGGCGAGUCUUCCUA